GUUAGCUGCAGUGUUGUAGCGUUAAUUCUCAGUCAGCCCUCCACCAGAAGCUCUGAGCUACAGAAACAAACUACAGCGGACUUGGUAUCAUAUUUUAAACCGCUCGGCUCUAACUAAUUUGAUGCUACAAUUUUGUAUUCACUCAAGUAGACUUUUCAACAGCAGUUAUAGUGACAAAUCAGUUAGCUUUGCUAGCCGCGUGAGCUAGCCGGCCAUUCCUUUUGCCUGGCGUCACUUCCUACUUUUGAAAAUCGCGGCCAUAAAGUAACGAAGCAGAGAUGGAGCUACAAGUGGGAACUGAACCGAUGACCCUGGGCUCUCCCACCUCUCCAAAGUCGACCCCUGGAGCUCAGUUUCUGCCCGGCUUCCUGAUGGGCGACCUGCCAGCUCCAGCUAGCCCCCAGCCACGCCCCUUCAGUCUGGCCUCGCCCAUUAGUGAGAGCGCAGGUACGCCCCGAGGAGGAGGUGGAGGCUUUGCCCCGCAGCCUGUUGUCCCCACCCCCAAAGAUAAGAGUGGAGCCCCACCUGUUCGCAGUAUACAUGACGACCUGGUUAAUGUGACCACGCCCCUCAACACACUCAGACAGUCUUUUCCAGUUAUGCAGUCUCCUCUGUCUGCACGGGGGGCAUCUACUCCAGGUGUGCAUCAGCUGUGCCUGUCUCCAGCUCAGGUGGAUCCUUUUUACAGUCAGGGAGAGUCUCUGUCAUCUGAGGAUCAGCUGGAUCAGACUUGGGUCACUGUGUUUGGUUUCCCUCCAGCCUCAGCCUCCUACAUCCUGCUGCAGUUUGCACAAUAUGGAAACAUCAUCAAACACACGAUGGCGUCUCCUGGUAACUGGAUGCACCUUCAGUAUCAGUCCAGACUUCAGGCCAGGAAAGCUCUGUCUAAAGAUGGAAAAGUGUUUGGUGACGCCAUCAUGGUGGGAGUGAAACCCUGCAUAGACAAGAGUGUGAUGGACAGCAGCGUAGCCGUCUUGUCGCCCCUCUCCACCUCCUUCUCCAACUCCGUCCUCCCCUCCACUCCUCGCUCCGCCAUCAGACCGCUCAGUGCCUCUUACAGGAGCUCCUGUAGCGACUACCAGGUGGUAGCAGACAGACAGACACCAAGGAAGGACGACAGUUUGGUUUCCAAAGCAAUGGAGUACAUGUUUGGCUGGUGACAUUACACAAUGCAUCAUGGGAUACCUGCAGCCUUGAAAGAGAGAGGGGAAUCAAUGGAGCGAUGGAUGAACUGAUUCACUACACUGUGUGUGUGUGUGUGUGUGUGUGUGUGUGUGUGUGUGUGUGUGUGUGUGUGUGUGUGUGCUGAGGUGGAGAAUCUUUUUGUCUCUUCUUUUACAAUCAGUAUUUUUUUAAUGUUUUGUCUCAAUAAAGUUUUUCUCUGGUUUGAAGUGAAGCUGACGUUUCAUUCAACAACCACAAGGUGGCGCUGUUCAAUCCACGAAGUGCAGUCACAUCCUCAUGUCUACAUGGCGUGGACAAAAGUUUGUGGACACGCAAACAUUCUAAUAAUAUGUGAUUGUUGGACAUAUUAUCUUAAGACCAGGAUCAUGAAUGUGCUGCUGUAGCAGCCUUCACUCUUCUGGUUCAAGCCCUUCCACUCACAGCUCGGUCUGUGUUUUCAUUCCAUCCCAAAGGUGUCUGAUGGGGUUGAGGUCAGGGCUCUGAGCAGACCAGUGAAGUUCUUUCACACCGAGCUGGGAAAACCAUUUCUGUAUGUCUCUAUGGACGGAGACAUCAUGAAGGAAUGAAUGAAUGAACACCGUCGAGAGGUUUAUUUUGAAGCCUGGAGAGGGGGUGUGAAUAUUCACUCUGUAGAUAUAAUUCACCAUUCACCGGUUACUGUAAUAAAGCUGUUCUUUGUCACAUUUUCAUGAUUAAGCUGAUAACUGCAUAGUGUCUU